CGAGCCCGCGCAGCCAUGGAGGCCAUCAAGAAGAAGAUGCAGAUGCUGAAGCUGGACAAGGAGAACGCCAUUGACCGCGCAGAGCAGGCCGAGGCAGACAAGAAGGCGGCGGAGGACAAGUGCAAGCAGGUGGAGGAAGAGCUGACGCACCUUCAGAAGAAGCUGAAGGGGACGGAGGAUGAGCUGGACAAGUACUCCGAGGACCUGAAGGAUGCACAGGAGAAGCUGGAGCUGACGGAGAAGAAGGCCUCUGACGCUGAAGGUGAUGUGGCAGCCCUCAAUCGUCGUAUCCAGCUCGUUGAGGAGGAGCUGGACAGGGCUCAGGAGCGACUGGCCACAGCCCUGCAGAAGCUGGAGGAGGCAGAAAAGGCUGCGGAUGAGAGCGAGAGAGGAAUGAAGGUGAUAGAAAACCGGGCCAUGAAAGAUGAGGAGAAGAUGGAAAUUCAGGAGCUGCAGCUGAAGGAGGCCAAGCACAUCGCCGAGGAGGCCGACCGCAAAUACGAGGAGGUCGCUCGUAAGCUGGUCAUCCUGGAGGGCGAGCUGGAGCGGGCAGAGGAGCGUGCGGAGGUGUCUGAACUAAAAUGUGGUGACCUGGAAGAAGAACUCAAGAAUGUCACUAACAACCUGAAAUCACUCGAGGCUGCAUCUGAAAAGUAUUCUGAAAAGGAAGAUAAAUAUGAAGAAGAAAUUAAACUUUUGUCUGACAAGCUGAAAGAGGCUGAGACCCGUGCUGAAUUUGCAGAGAGAACAGUUGCAAAACUGGAAAAGACAAUUGAUGACCUGGAAGAAAAACUUGCCCAGGCCAAAGAAGAGAAUGUGGGCUUACAUCAAACACUGGAUCAGACACUAAAUGAACUUAACUGUAUAUAACCAAAACAGAAGAGUCUCGCUCCACAGAAACUCCAGAGCGCCGUGUCUUUCUCUUCUCUUGUAAGAAGUUUCUUUUGUUAUUGCAUCUUUGCUUUGCUGGAAAUGUCAAGCAAAUUAUGAAUCCAUGACCACAUAUUUUGUAUCCAAGAAGCUUUGAGCACCAGUUAAAUCGAAUUUCUUCCUUUUUUCAAAUGGCACCAGCUUUUUCAGCUCUAUUUUCUUCCUUAAGUUGCAUUGAUUUCUAAGGUAGGCAGGGUAUUUCACAGUGAGCGGCUCUCUUAAGACUGAGGGUAUUUGGUUGCUAGAAUAGACCCCUGCACACUUGGAGGAACACAGACUCCAGAGAUCUAGUCAGGGCUCAGUUGAACACGCUUUAAAAUAUAACCUUUGGGAUCACUGCUGGUCAAACUCCAGGAGGUAGGGACCAUCAGAUGGCAGGGGGAGUCUAUUAUGGGUAACCACAGACCACAGAUAGGCUGACCUGAUGGUCCUGUAUUCUGGCCCUUCUCUGCCAUGCAGAACAAACAUCCUCUUGAGCAGCGUGAGAAGGCUUGGGAAAUAGCCAUAAUAAUCACCCAGGUAUUUUCUGGGUAGAUCCUUAAUGUUUCUCUUUUCUACAUAUUUCUUUCAUUCUAAAAUUGUUCUCGGAGGAACAAGUGUCUUACUCCAAUAAGGACCCAAGUCCGCUCUGAUACAGGCCAUCCACUCCACUAGGAAUAUGGUGGAGUCCAGUCCUAUUCAGGUCAGCCAUAUCAAAAAGACUGCUCUCUAUUGGUGCAUUGAACAAAACAGUGUUGUCUAUUAGCAGAAAAGUCCUCUCUGGCAGGAGACAUUCAAAGUUGGCAUUGCUUUAUUUUCAUACUUCGGGGACAUUGCAAAUUAAAGAUUUACUUAUCUAGGACUUGAAUUCCUUCUUCAGGACCAAGUUAAUAAAAGACCAAGAAACUCCUGCUUAAACUGGAUAUGGAGUAUUUUGUAGGCAGGGCCGCACGUUUUGGCUGUGUUAUCAUUGUUUUCUCAGUUAACAUCUCAGCUGAAACAUUCCGCAUUCCCCAGCAGUGUGGGAGCCAACUCAAGUUUACAAUUCUGUCUAAAAAUCCCUGCCCCCACUCCUAUUUAUUAAGCAUCACACUACCCGGGAAAUACACUAGCAAAUUGGGCACACACAUAAAAUCUACACUUUUCUUUAGAUUCUUGCAACUGUAUCAUAUGUAAUAGUAUCACUUUUUCUACAUUUUGGUCAAAUAAAUUUUUACAUAAAGUA